CGUCUCAGAGCGAGGAGCAGCAGAGCACGGCAGGCUGGAGCCCUGGUACUCCUACACACACUGGUUCCCCAUGGCCUCGUCCCACGUGCUGAAGGACGGCCCGGAGCCAGUUCCCAGGAUGCAGCCCGCCAUGAUGAUGUUCUCCAGCAAGUAUUGGUCCAGGAGGGGGCUGUCUCUGGACUCGGCCAUGUUUGACCACCAGCAGCAGCGCCACACCGGGGGGCAGAUGUCGAGGCGUCCGUCCUUCUGUCCCAUCAGCGAGACGCCGGACAAAGAGAGCGCUGAGGAUUCUGGGAAGACGGCGGUGGUGUUUUCUCUGAAGAACGAGGUGGGCUGUCUGGUCAGAGCUCUCAGACUGUUCCAGGAGAAGCGAGUGAACCUGAACCACAUCGAGUCCCGGGUGUCGAAGCGAGUGGUGAACGAGGUGGAGAUCUUUGCCGACUGCAGCUGCAGUAAGAAGGAGUUCAACGAGCUGCUGCAGCAUCUCAAAGACCACGUCAACAUCAUCUCCUUCAACACACCUGCACACGUCUGGUCGGCCGAGGCAGAUGGAGACGAUGUUCCCUGGUUCCCGAUGAAGAUCUCCGAGUUGGAUCAGUGUUCUCACCGAGUGCUGAUGUACGGAUCCGAGCUGGACGCAGACCAUCCUGGCUUUAAGGACGAAGUUUACCGCCAGAGGAGGAAGUACUUUGUGGAAGUGGCCAUGAAUUAUAAAUUCGGGCAGCCCAUCCCUCGGAUCGAGUACAACCAGGAGGAGGUCAGGACGUGGGGGGUGGUCUUCAGAGAACUGACCAAACUGUACCCGACUCACGCCUGCAGGGAGUACCUGAAGAACCUGCCGCUGCUCAGCAAACACUGCGGCUACAGAGAAGACAACAUCCCGCAGCUGGAGGACGUCUCGCUGUUCCUCCGAGAGAGGUCGGGUUUCACGGUGCGCCCUGUGGCAGGUUACCUGUCUCCCAGAGACUUCCUGGCCGGUUUGGCCUACAGAGUGUUUAACUGCACCCAGUAUGUUCGUCACAGCACCGACCCGCUCUACACGCCCGAACCAGACACGUGUCACGAGCUGCUGGGUCACGUUCCUCUGCUGGCCGAUCCGAAGUUCGCUCAGUUCUCUCAGGAGAUCGGUCUGGCUUCUCUGGGAGCGUCCGACGAGGACGUCCAGAAACUGGCCACGUGUUACUUCUUCACCAUCGAGUUCGGACUCUGCAAACAGGACGGCCAGCUGAGAGCCUACGGAGCCGGAUUACUGUCGUCUAUUGGAGAGCUGAGGCAUGCCCUGUCGGACAAGGCCUGUGUGAAGAUGUUUGACCCGAGGACGACCUGUAACCAGGAGUGUCUCAUCACCACCUUCCAGGACGUUUACUUCGUCUCCGACAGCUUCGAGGAGGCCAAGGAGAAGAUGAGGGAGUUUGCGAAGUCGAUCAAGAGGCCGUUCUCGGUGUACUACAACCCGUACACUCAGAGCAUCGACCUGCUCAAAGACACCCGCAGCAUCGAGAACGUGGUGCAGGACCUGCGCAGCGACCUCACCACCGUGUGUGACGCUCUGGGGAAGAUGAACACCUACAUGGGCAUCUGAAGCCUGCUCCGCCUCCGACCUCUGAUCAGUGAUGCAUCAACCCCCCCCUCCACCUGUGAUUGGCCGGUUUAUUGUUCUUUGUGUGUAACGUUGUUGUAAAGUCCAUCUGACGUCGCACUUGUGAAUAAAUGAAUUGAUGAAGUU